ACUAUAAACCGUCCGAUCUGAUGAGUUUUCAAUCUUAUCACCAGGGCAUAGAAGUCUUUACGGCACUUCCUUCAAACGCAACGCAAACCAUCGGUACACACCUAUGACUUCAAACGAAGGCCCGACACAUGCAACCGAAAUUAUUUCGACUUCAUCCAACUUAUUUAUUCCUGCCUGCCCUGAAGAGGCCAAGCUCAAAGUGGGAAUGGUAUUCUAAUCCUUAGAGGACGAAUUUAAUUUUUACAAGGAAUAUGUUGUAUUGGCAGGUUUUGACAUUCGUAAAAGCACCAAUUUGAAGGUUUCGGGUGUUGUUGUGUGGCGGUACGUUGUAUGCAACCGCGAAGGUCAUAAGCAUUUUGCAUCAACCUGCAACAAACCCACUCACGACGAUGGAGACUUGCCCAAGGCAGGUACUUGAGAACCUAACCUCUUUGAAAAUUAUUGUGGUGUUCCCGCUCCAUCAGUGUUUAAAGUGCUUCCACCUCAACCCGCUCACAACAAGGGUAGUGGUAAGCGCAUCAAGAGUGCUAAAGAGCUCCAGAUUGAACAAAGCAAGAAGAACAAACGCUUGUGUCGAACUUGCAAAGCGCUGGGCUAUCACGAUAGUAGAAAUUGUCCGAUGAAUACUUUGAGAUAAUAUUACUUUUUUUCUACAAACAUUUAAUAUUUUUUUGUUGAAUCUUUUUAGCACAAGAUGAACUCAUGUGUCCCAUAUAAGCCCCCCCCUCUCCUUUCAUUUUUUCCCAUUACUUGUAUAUUACUCGAAUUUUGAUUACCAAUGAAAUAAUUUAUUCAUC